AGAGAGAGACUGGAGUUGGUCGGUGAACGUGGUAGUGAAUCACAGUCUCACAACAUUCACAAUAUCUUUUUUUGUAAUAACGAUUGGGUUUUAAAAACCUCUCCUUAACUUGAACAAACUUUAAUUUAAUAACCACUCUUAAAUUUUUAACCGUCUUCUUAAUUUCUCUUUAAAAAGGGAAGCAAAAAUUAUUGACGAUUCAUCUUUAUCUAAGUUGGAUCUAUCUUCUCAUCGAAUCGGAUAUAUAUCAUAUCAUCAUCCUCUAGUCAUCAUCGUGUAGAAGUUGAGCUAUCAAAUUCGACAAAAAGACGUUUCAUUACUGCGUCAAUUUGUUAAUUGGGAUAUUUCCACUACUGUAGCAGACUGAAUAUUUCGUAAACAAUAAAAACCAACAUGACGUCGGCAGCCUUGGCGAGAACAAAUUCGAUGACUGAUUCAGUAAAGGAGCGACGUCUGCGUCCUCUUUACGAUCUAUUGGAUUCUGGGAACUGUAAAAAAGUAUUACAAGAAGCGGACAAACUUUUGAAAAAGCAUCCUAGUUUUACUUGUGCAAAGGUUUUUAAGGCACUCGCUUGGAUGAGACUGGGAAAAUUGGAAGACUGUUUGGCUACUAUGGAUCAGGUUUUUGAGGAAUGUCCCAUCGAUGAAGGGACCCUGCACGCAAUGUCGAUUUGUUACAGAGAGCUUGAUAUGCCUGAGAAGGUCUGUAUAUUGUACGAGAAUGCUAAUAAAAAGGAAAAAUCGGAAGAACAUAUGACUAACUGGUUCAUGGCUCAUGUUCGGAUUCUUGAUUUCGCAAAUCAAAAUAAAGUGGCGACAGCACUGUACAAGUCAUAUUCAAAAGGGAUGUACCUGAUGUGGGCGGCUAUGAGUCUUUACUCUAAAGCAUUGAUGUUGGAUGAUCAAAAUAUUGCAAAGACAAUCACGCUACCUCUAGCGUCUCGAAUGACGUCCAAAUACAUUGCUGAGAAUGCCCUUUGCACUGACAACGACAUUUAUAUGUUUAUUACGAUCUUACACAAAUCGGGAGACUAUGCUCAGGCACUCUCUGUGCUCAAAAAUUCUGAGGAUAGGAUGAAAAACUGGUCGUAUGGUCAUUACAUAAGAAUGGAAACCUUGUGUCUAAAGAUGUUAAAGGAUGACAACAAACUAGCCGAUAUGUAUGAGCGAAAUAUCAUUCAUGACUCGGAAGACUUGAAUGGCUUCAAGGAUUACAUUGCAAGUUUCGGAAUCACAAAGACUGAGCGCAUUAUCAAAUUUAUUAAUGGAAUUGCGUUUGCGUAUGACCCAAAGGUGCAAAAACUUCAGAGCCGAAUCACACUAGGAGCUUUGAUACUACUUACUCGAACGCUGGUUAAUAACAAGGCCAACCUGUGCUCAAUUGAUGUUCGCAAGCUAUAUCUUGAUUACUUCAAAUUGUUUGCCUCUAAGCCAUACUUCCUACGCGACGUGAGGAGUUUGUGGAAGUACUUGCGUGAAAACACAAAUUCUUUAGAGGAAGAUAUGGUCAAGAAUUCUGGGACUUUGACUAACUUGUAUUCUAAAUUACAAUGGAAGUCGAAUUUUGAGUGCGCCGUGUCUUUCUUGAAUGAGCAAGAUAUCCUGUCCCAUCCAGCCAAGGUGGUCAACUCGGUUUGUUCAUUAGUCAAGUCGUACUACGCAGCAGAUGGUCAAUACAGAACAUCCGGGCUUGAAAUCGAAGUCAGAGACGCAGCCCCUUAUGAAAAUUUACUAGUCACGAGUUGUGUGCUCUUAAUGAAAACGUAUUGGAGGAAACAGGGAUUUUGGGCGGGUUUAGACCUUAACGUGGAGAUGCACAGUUUAGAUCUCGACAAGAAGGAGGUCGGGGGAAAGGCGGUCGUUGAAAACGGUGUGUCCACAACUCCCGUCACCGAUAAGGGAAGGGUAUUUGAAGGGGAGUUUGCGAUUUUGUUGACCCUUGCACUCCUGGAGUAUGGAGCAGAACAUAGUCCUUACUACUCUGCAUAUCGCUUGCUGCUGGGAAAAACGUAUUUAUUCUGUGCUGCGGCAGUUCCUGGGCUGGAGCAAAUCAUGAAAAUGGACAUCAAACAUAUGCAGGUGGAUUCUUUGGGAUAUCUUUACAUACCCAAAACCCUUCGUAGUGGAAUUUUCUCAGACUCAAUGCGUCUUCUCAUUCAUGCUGAUGCACUUUACAUCGCCAGUGGGAGAGAGGUGGUGGAGCACAUAAUCUCAGCAUAUAGGAAUACUUCCUGGCAGCAAGUGUUGGAAUUCAUUGGUUAUCGAAACCAGAUGGUUUGUUCACUGCAAGCAUGCCAGGUUAGAGUUGAAAAACGACUGUUGGAAUACACUGUCGACGCUAGUUGUCGUGAACAAAUUCUCAAGAUUGCUCACAGAGAAACCGUCGAUGUCAAAGUUGCCUUCGCUACAUCCUUUCAGGAUAAUCGAGAUUUAGACUUUCAUCUCAUCAUGAAUGAAGACACUACUUCAGCGGAGUAUACAGCACUGACAUUUAAAGACAAUAUUCAUAAACUCCGGCUUCGAACAACCUUCCUUGGCAUUAUUACUAAUUACGUCCGAGCUCUGUCCAAUUUAAAUGAUGUUGAGAAAUUUAACGUCAAUAUAGCUCAAGCAUGUAUUGCUCAUGCAUCGUUUACCCAAUGUAUGGCCAAUCCACCAAAGCAUAAUCUAAAAAAUUCUGAAGGGCGAUUCUUGUUUGCUCCGUGGUUUCCAACUUGUGACGAAUAUGUGGGAAGCCCUAUCAUCAUUUGUAUUCACGACUUUAUUGAAUUAGUCUCUACUGCUGGAGAAUUAUGUUGCCAGAAAAAUUCUCAACAAGACAUGUCUAAAGUAUUUGCCCUAAUGAAAACGGCAAAUCAAAGUCUUGCCGACGGGCUUGAAGCCACCACUAUCCAUUGGCCCAAAGUGGAUAUUUCGCUUGUUAAUACGUCCAAUUUAAUUGAAGAAAUUUGUGAAGUUGUCGAGACCCUGGGAUUUAUCUGCAUACUGCUGGACGUUCUCAAAGGAUUUCUUGAAAAAAUGUCCCCCACAUUAUUAGAAAUCAAAGGACGCAAGAAACGCUCCAAAGAGCCUACGGUUGUUGUUACUGAUGCUCCGUGGGUAACUCAGUUCAACUCGCUCGUCAACUCUCUAAUAUCUAGUUUAUCAAACGUGGACGAUAUUCUGUCUGGAUUGAGAGUUUCAUUCGUGGACCGCUACGCCACGUCUUGGACGGAGGGACAAGAGGCCUACUGGUAUAAAAUGGUAGCGGACGAAGUUCGACUGAUUAUUGAGCAUUACAUCCCUAUCGUGGGUCGAAAGCUUAAUGACAGUUUUCUUCGAUCAUGUUACGAAUUAAAGGCCAAUACCCAACUUAAGAAACAGUACGCUGAAUCUCUUGUCGUCAGUUAACUUGACAAACUAAUAAUAAUGUCAGCUCAAAUGUUAAUUAAGUUCUUCUUGUUAUGUCUUGUUUCAUGUUUCAAUUGGUUUGUUUAGUUGUUGACAGUUUUCAUAGGCGAUAGAAGACUUUCCGUGAAAUGAUGAUUAAUACUUAACUGGUUUUAACUGAAUAUCAAUGAUAUGUUCCGUAUUAAACCAAGUUCGGGGUAAAUCAUAUACCCGUUAAACAUAACAGUUUUUAAUUUUUAUACAAAUGUCCGGUACCCAUAAAAAAUAUUGCAAAAUUGGAAUAAAUAAUAUUUCCGAGUAAAUCCUACUUAAAACAGGUAAA